GGAAGGGACGUACCAAAGCUGCCAAGCAGUCUCACCUACAUCUCUCUCUCUCUUUCCUAUUCUUCAAGAUCCAAGAAGAGGAGGCAGGAAGGCAAGAAGCUGUGGAAAACUACUGUAGAGCAGGUGGCAGAUUGGAGGGUACGUGCAUGGCCAGCAGCAACAAGUGGUGGCAGGCGCCACUGGACUUCCCGCCGCCGCUGCCGCAGCACCAGCAGCAGCAACGGCAGGCCGUGUCCAUGUCGGUGCUGACCACAGCGCCAGCUGCCACGGCUCCAGCCUCCGCGGCCACCGGUGCCUCGCCGGAGGGCAAGCAGCAGGGUCAGCAGCCGAGCGCAGCGGGGGCCAUCGUGCCGCUGCGGAGGCCGCGUGGGCGGCCGCUGGGAUCCAAAAACAAGCCGAAGCCGCCGGUGAUCAUCACGCGCGACAGCCCCGACGCGCUCAACUCGCACGUCCUCGAGGUGGGCCCCGGGGCCGACGUGGCGGCGUGCGUCGCGGAGUACGCGCGCCGCUGGGGUCGCGGGGUCUGCGUCCUGGGCGCGUCGGGCGCGGUCGGGGACGUCGCCGUGCGCGGCGCGGCGACGCCGCUGCGCGGGCGCUUCGAGCUCCUCUCCGUGACCGGCGCCGUGCUGCCGCCCCCGGCCCCGCCAGAGGCGUCCGGCCUCGCCGUGCUGCUCUCCGCCGGCCAAGGCCAGGUCGUCGGCGGCUGCGUUGUGGGGCCCCUAGUCGCCGCGGGGCCCGUCACGAUCUUCGCCACCACAUUCGCCAACGCCGUCUACGAGCGCCUCCCCCUCCCCGACGCCGCCGACGUCGAGGUCAAGCCCGACCUCUCCACCGCUACCUCCACGGGGCAAGAGGCGCAGCCGCAGCUGCCAUUGGCGCCCUCCCAACCUCCGGCCAUGGGCGCGGCCUACGCCGACCACCGCUCGCCGCCAUACCCGUGGGGAGGCGGGGUAUGAGCAACAUUCACUAAGGAACUAGAUUUUGUCAAGUUAAUUGUUGGGCAAAUACUGCAUGCAACAUGCAAGGAAUUGAAUCAAUUGAUUCAUUGGUGCCCUUCUUGGGCUCUUGUAAUUUCUUUCUCCUUCAAUUUGUGAUUUUCUUGUGGAAAAAUGGAGUGUUAUGACCGGAAGGAACCAAAGCUCUCAUGCAUUGAGCAUUAGAUCAGCAGGCUGCUUGGAAGUAAAUCAGGCAGACCAGGUGUUUUUGUGUGGUUAGUCGAGGUGAGUGUUCUUGUUCAGAAGCUUGGUUUGUACUUGGAGAUCGAUUUUUAGCUUAGGCAGAUCAGUGAAACUCAUUUACUAGAUCACCUUAUUUCUCUUAUUUUUGGUAGCACUUGCCUACAUUUGAUUAAUAC